CUUCUCUUCCUCGAUGGCAAAGAGAGGGAGAAGGCGAAGGGUUCGGUGGCUUCCUCCGCACGCUUGGCUCCGUCCCGGCGGCGUCUUCUCCGGUCGGGCUUUCUGUCUGGCGAGCCUCUCCUCCAGGAAGCGGCCGUGGCGCUCGAGGAAGUGUUCCAGGCAGGACACUCCAGGGAGAUCGGCGCGAAAGGAAAGCGGCCCCGUGCAAGCAGCAGCAGCUUGACCGGCGGCGACCGGCUGAGCUCCCUGCCGGAUUGCCUCAUCCACCACAUCAUGUCCUUCAUGAAGGCCCGGCAGGUGGUGCAGACCUGCGCGCUGUCCACCAGGUGGAAGCACCUCUGGCGCUCCGUGCCCUGCCUCGACAUCGACCAGGAGGAGUUCAAGGCCACAGACUCGAACUCCCGUAGCAGUGAGACGUGGGAGAAGUUUGAGGACUUCACCGACCACCUGCUUAUCCCUAAUAAUAUUUCCAUUGCGCUUUUGGAUGCAUUCCGUCUGCAUGUUAGUAGUGGCAUGCCUAAGGGUCAGCAGGCAGCUAGAUGGAUCCGUCAUGGCAUAAAGUACAGCACCCAGGAAGCUGGCAUUCAGCGCAAGGGGUUUAGCUCUAGCACCUGGCGCCUCAAAAGAUUACAUCUUUCCAGCAUAUAUUUGGAUGCCCAUUUCAUCAAUCAUGUCAGGUCAGGGUGCCAAUAUUUGGAAGAUUUAGAGCUUAAAGAUUGCGAGUGUGCAUUUCAGGAUAUCACCUCCCACUCACUGACGAACUUAAGUCUGAAAAAUUGCUACUGCUAUGGACUUUCUGCUAUCACAUCGCCCACGCUGAAGAGCUUGAUUAUUCAUAUCCGCGGACGUACAGGACAAUUGUUGGUUGUCACUGCCCCUGCUGUUGCUUAUCUGAUCCUGGACGUGGAAGCUUCGUCCAUUGGUGGUAUCUCAUUAGAGGAGAUGCCAUCUCUUGGCAGGGUCUCGAUUCGUCUAAGAAAUAAUUAUUACAUAGAAAAUGUCAGCCAGGAUCAACUGAAGCUUCUUUGCAGUGUGUCUAAUGUGACGAGUUUGGUGUUGUCGGGUUUCAAGACAAUGGUUUUGCUUGGUGAGGAUUCGGUGACAUUCCCGAAUUUCAGGAAUCUUAUGUCCUUAUUACUGGACAGCUGUGAUCUUAGUGAUAACUUCAAGACAUUGGAACAUUUUCUGAAGAAUUCACCAGAUCUGGAGAAGUUAACCCUUCGGUGUUGCAAGUUCUCAAAAGAUCUUAAGAAGAAAAAGGCCAAGUCAAAGACUUCUUCCCAGUGUCUCAACUUGGUGGAUGUCCUGUGCAAGAAUCUCAUAUAUAAAGAUGAUGAUGUCCACCAGCUGGUGGAGCUAUUGUUGAGCAUUUCAGCGAAUCUGCCGAAGUAUAAUAUAAAACUUACCAAAGUUGACUAG